AUGCCUCGCCGUGUCUUGUUUCGGGGACGGUCACCUACCAUUGGAAGAGGAAGAAGACCUCGAAACAGAAAGUCGCGUUUGACGGACGAUUCGUCUCGCACAUCACCAUCCACUAACGACAUCACGACCAGUGCAUCCCCCGCUACGCAGCCUGUUGCUAGUUCAUCUUCCGACGUGUACCACCCAAAAGCAAAUGAUAUAUCAUUGGCCAUCGCUUCAUUGAACGUAAGUCAAAAUAAUCAAACGGGACAAGAACAGGAUGACCAUAUGGACACUAGUUCAUCAAACAACCCUCGCCCACCCUUACUCCCGGACGUCGAUACUUCUCAUUGGGAGCCCUCAAAAGCACCUCCCUCACAAACAAGUAAGUCCAGCGUCACAUUCAGAGAUGUAGUGAACGCGAGAUCCAAAUCCCACAAGGAUCAUAAAGUAAGGGAGGCCGCACUUCAACGCAAAAAGAGUCUCAUUAAAUCAGUCGUUACCUUUUUGAAUAAGCACAACAGAAGAAGCGCGAACAGUGGCCCCAAAGACGCAUCAAGGCGCAAUCCAGCAGCUAGCUUAUCUUUCAAUCGAGAACAACAAGCACCCCAUAGUACAUUUGAAGUUGAGCCUUAUUCGAUUGAAGAGCUAACAGCGUAUCAGUUUCGAACGGUUUUCAAUUAUAUUACAACUAACAAUGUUUUGCGUGACCAAGUUCGAGGUCUGGUCGUUCCAGCGCCGGAAACGACGCCGGCACGACCGGCAGACUUCGAAGAAGUCGCCAAAAUAGUUCAUUUGUUAAAGAAUUUACUCAACAUAGUUCAAAACGCUACCAGUUCGUUCCACGACCUCGCUAUUCUCCUAGUUGGCAGGCAACCUUCGGACAUCAGAAGAGUACCUUCGUGUAAGCGCCGUAAACAGGCACUACAGGAAGAAACACAAAGGCCCGCAAGCCAUAGCAACCAACGUACCACAAUAACGAUACCGCGUCUUCCACGAUACAGAUCUGGGCCACGGUCGCAACGCUCUGAGGGGCGGGAGGCUGGACUGUCAUCCAUUUUUGAUCCAGUUACAGCACCUACACCCCCUGGGGCCGGGAAAAGAAGGUACGACGACGGCAACGAUUUUACUACAACUCUUCUUCCUCCCUUAAAAGCCCGCCGUAGUCCAACAGCCAAUUCAUUUAGUUCACGUCCGGAAGACGCGGAUGCGCUUGUCGCUGCUAAACGACGACGAGCAGCGCCUCGAUCGCGUUUUCCCACUAGGACUCGGAAACGCCCCACGGGAACGUGGGUGGAGUUCUGUGCUUUUUGCGAAGGACGCGAUCACUACACUUCCGAUUGUCCGUCAUUUCCUUAUCUCAGCAGUAGGGCGUGUAAGGCCGAAAAGGCAGGCAUUUGUAGUAACUGCGUGAAAAGCCAUUACGGCGUUUGCAUUCGCAGAGACCCGUGUACAAUCUGCAAGGAAGAAGGUCAUCAUCGCGCGUUCUGUGUUCAAAAUCCGUGGGUCGCUUUAGACAUAACCAUGUCGCCUGAACAGUUCUAUGAAGAACUUCGCAACAGAACAUACAGGCAUCCUCCACCGGGUGCAACCACACGACGCCGUUAUUCACACUCUUACAAAGACCGUGAAAAGGCCGGACAAGAUGAGCCUCAGAAGUCGUCACCGCGUCCAGGUGACGAACCUGCGGUUCAUCAGGCCUCACCAAGAGGUGAAAAGAGUGCAAAGCUUUCUGACCAUGACAGCGAUGAAUCAUGUUGA